UUCCUGAUAUGGUUGUUGUGUGGAUGAGGAUGGCAGUAGGGCUCGGAGCUCCAGCCGGAUCCAUACUGCGGUUCCGAGUCCAUUCCGGACCCAGAAAAAGUUUGGUGUCCGUUUCAGCUAAAAGACCAACUUGACUUUAAGUAACAGAGUCUGACUGAAAACCUGACAGCAACGUGCUUCUCUGGAUGCUGCGUGGGGCGCCACUGUCAGACUGGGAGGGCCUGACAGGGGAAUAGAGGGCAAGGGUCAACAACAGGGGGCCAUCUGUGGCUGGUUAACACUAAGCGAUGCCAGAAGAAGCCAAUCAGGAUGCCAUGAGAACCCCAGCUACCUCAGAGAAGACCAACAACCCAGAGCAGCAUGCAGCUGCCAUGACAGUUGUGAACAUCCCCCAGGUCAACGAAGUCCAGCUGACUGCAGCCACAGGGGGGGCCGAGCUGUCCUGCUAUCGCUGCACCGUCCCAUUUGGUGUGGUGGUCCUCAUCGCAGGCAUUGUGGUCACUGCCGUGGCUUACAGCUUCAACUCCCAUGGGUCCACCAUCUCUUACUUUGGCCUGGUUCUCCUGUCAGCCGGUCUGGUGCUUUUGGCCUCCAGCAUUGUCUGCUGGAGGGUGAGGCUGGAGAGGAAGAAGGAGAGGCGGCGGGAGAGCCAAACCGUCCUGGUUGCCAACCAGAGGAGCAUUUUUAGUUGAACUUUUAGCUUGAACAAAAAUCCUGGUUUCCCGAGUUUGUAAAGGACCUGAUAAGGAUGUUUUUACUGGUGACUCAGACCCGUAAGAGCCCCGACCACAAACUCUCAAAGCCCAGAACUCAGAGCUUUGAAGACUUGGUCAGGGAUUUAUUUGUCAAACAGACACGGAGCAUCUGGCGAGCAUGGAAUGCAGCCCGCAGGAAUGUUUCACAAUUAGGCUGAAUCAGCUCUGAGGGCGGUGGCGUGGAGGAAGUCUCUGAUUAAUCUGCUCUGAUUGUAGAUUAUGAAAGAAGAAUGGUACAGGAAGGAGACCGGAACAUUAUUCACAUCUCAUUUAUUAGACCUGAACCUGCAUAUAGCCAUUAAUGAGCUCUCAUAUUUAAUCUUAGCGGUUCCGAGUCCAGGCGAGCGGUACGUGAGAUCUCACACCAGAGAUGGAACAGUUAACCUUAAAAACCAAUUCUCUACAUGCACCUUGUUUCUUAAACAUUUGAUAUUAAACUUCAGCUAUUAACUAAUAAAAUAAAAACUUUAAGACUGUCUAAAGGCCGUGAUGUCAAAAAUAUUGAAUGUAUUAUGUGUUUUAUUUUAAUGCUGCAUGUGAUAACUGAUGAAAGGACAUUAUGAGUUUUAAUAAAAUCAUUGUUACCCCA